UGCCCCAGCCAUGAAGCUCCAGCGACCGAUGAUCUCUUUUAUGCGCAAAGUAAACUCUACCUACUUACCACCUGGUAGCCUCGUUCUUCCUACGCCUCCCUCACAACGCUCGCUUAACGAGCUCGAUCCGCGGUAUGAGCGCAGACCUAAAGGACGACCCCAACCACAUGCUCGGGCCGGUAAAUCAAAAUGUGACCUGGAAUGUAGCUUCAGAAAUUGACGACGAGGAGUAUGCCACGUCGCUUGAUGCGCAUGCAGAGGAUUGGGAGGCUCAAGUCAUCGAAAUCACAUUGGCUUCCUCCGGUCUUGAGCACGGGUGGGCUUCUGUCACCACAUGCUUCGCUACUGGCGUAGUCAGUGGACCGCAUCGCAUCGCGAUCGAUAUGCUGCAGGAGAAGUGUCCCGAGCGCUUCAGGCAAGCCGUGAUUGAACACGAGCUUCGCGCGGCUGUCAUCGCCGAACCUCGAACCCAGGCAGUCCCGUCUGCAGGCCAUUACAAACCUUUCACCACCGAGCCCCCUUCAAGCGUACCUCCUGACAUUGGUUCAACCCCUAGCUCGACGAUUCCACAUCCGCCACGUCAGAGCACGCCUCUUGCUGCUGCAAUGGCUCCACCUACGCCCAAGUCUACGACUCACACCUCCCUCACCUCUCCGUCAUCAAAAGCUUCGAAGCGCCGCAGAAGGAGACGCAGAGAGGUCGUGGGAGUCAAUCUUCCACGUGGUAGUCCACGUAAAGCCACCCGGCGUGUGAGUAAGUGAGUCUCGGGCACUACAAUGAGUGAGAAGUGUGUCAGAAGUCAUCAAGAUCGCAUGCGCUACACUCAAAGGCAUCAUUAGAAGUGAUGUCGUUGGUCAACACUGUGGGCUGGCGGCGAGUGUUGUAAAAACUAUUUCCCAGAUAGCUCGUGCACAAGCGGCCAGUGCUGUGGUCAGACGCCGC